AUGUUACAAUCGAUGGGCCUAAUCAAUGAAGUGUCUGCCUCUAUUGAGGCUUCUAAUGAGGAAUUGAGACGAUUAAGUCUGGAGAUCUUCAACAACCCCGAGGAGCGAUUCCACGAGUUCAAAGCCUGCAAGCUUCUAUCGGAUUGGUUUGAAAACCGAGGUUGGACCGUGAAGAGAGGCGUGUACGGUCUUGAGACCGCAUUUGAAGCGCGUUUCUCCGUGAAGGAAGGAGGCAGGGUCAUCUGCUUUAAUGCGGAGUAUGUGGCAUCGGCCAUUGCGGUCGAGACAGCUCUCAAAGCACAUUCGCUGCCAGGCACCGUGGUCGUUAUGGGCACCCCUGCCGAAGAGUCCGGCGGUGGCAAAUGGAUCAUGGCUAAGAACGGAGCCUGGCAGGGGUUCGACGCGUGCAUCAUGUCACACGGCAUGAGGGACUGGAGUAGCCCGGUGUGUGUCUCGAAAGCAUCGUGGAAGGUGCAAGCCAAGUACUACGGCAAGACCGCUCACGCUGCCGCGGGGCCAUGGACAGGGCUGAACGCAUGCGACGCCAUUGUCCAGGCGUAUACUGGUAUAGCCUUGUUGCGGCAGCAGGUGCACAAGAGCGAGUCCAUCCAGGGCUGCAUCCUCGAGGCGGGGAAGGCCGCAAAUCUCAUCCCGGCCUAUGCCGAGGGCGCCUUUAGCAUUCGUGCUCCGAACACGAAGGCACUAGGUGCACUCCGGAAGCGCUUCGAGCCCAUCUUUGAGGCUGCUGCGACAGCAACAGGCUGCAAGGUCGAACUUGAUUGUGACUUCGGAAGCUGUUCAUACAUCUGCCCAGGCAUUCAGGUCAUGUUUAGCAUCAAUGCAUCCGACCUCCCUCAUUCCGUUGGCUUCCGAGAAGCAGCUGAAAGCGUCUUCGCACAUAAGGAGGCUCUCAGGGCUGGCAAGGCAAACGCGCUCGUAGGGCUCGACGUUUUGAUGAAUGAUACAUUCGCAGAAGAAAUGAAGGCUGAGUUCAAGGAAUCCAUGAUGAGAGAAGGCGCCGUCCUGACGGCCACUGCUUACGCCGCGCUCGCGACACCGCCAAUGGUCCCGAGAACAGCGGCCGGCAGGGCCGAAUCACCGGCUCCUAGCGUGACAUCUACCGAGUUCGUGUCGCCUUUUGUGACGCCGGAUCCGGUGGGCUGCUACUUGGCCAACAUCACGCAAUUCUUCGAUGUGACGACAGCCAGCGGCGCCCUAUCUACCGCUAUGGCGUCGUACGGCGACGUGUUGCUCGAGCCCUGCGUGUCUACGGCUACCGGGAUCGACAGGUUCGACUGCUCCGUCGCGCCUUCGCAGUGGUGUGGCCUGUCCACGGCGAUCCCGCCUGCUAUUCUCUCCGACUACUCCUCCUAUGCUAGAGGAGCAUACUCGUUCUGGACGGCCAAGAGCUCGGCAGCCAUGUCUGCCUCCUCAAGGUGCCCCGUCUUGUGGAACAGGCCCUCCUUCGAGGCGCGUAUUUGGUUGAACCUGACCAUCGCCUUCGCGGAAUGCUACGCAGCAGCGGCAGCCAACCCGGAUCUGACGUCUGCUUCGGGCCUUUCGUCGUCUACAGCUCGCUCGGCCCCUGCGACUUCCUCGCUUCCGCCAACUGCCUUGAGGACCUCGUCGCCCACAAACGGCGUUAUCGGCCGAAAACAGGGCAUGGGGAUGUGGAUGCUGGCAAGCAUAGGCAUGGCAGCUGCGGGGGGCGCUGGCGGCUUGCCUCAGGUGCCGACAACGCAAACUCAAGUGCGGAGGCCCCGACCAAAUACCAUGUCGUCGGUGCCGCACGAGCGGCUCCGAGUCGACUCUUACGAUGCGAAGAUUGCUACACUCGAGCAACGCCUCAAGCAGGUAGAGGACGAAUUACGCCAAGAAAUAGUCGAACUCAGAAACACUGUCACUCGCGGCAGAGCAGGGUCCAGUCCCGAAGUGGCUGGUCCUGGUUCAGAUGCAAGCCAUAACGGAGAUGAAAUCUCUCCCUCUUCGGCUUUCCGGUCCGGAGGCACGCUUGAAAACAUUCCCCGCAUCAGGACUGCGAAUGGAGACGAAGAUAUUGUGUCGAAAAGUUUAGUCAGUGAUUCUGAGUGGGAAGAACUAUAUGAGUUGACUACGAUUGCUUUCUUGAAUGACCAGAUGCUUCCGUCCAGCAAGGAGGCUCGGAAACACCCCCUUCUCGCAUUGGCGAUAUGUACCGUUGCAUCACGAGCAAUUAGGCCUCGCAAGUAUCAGUACUUCAUCGACGAGAGCGACAAGCUGAUCAGGGGACUUUUCAGCGGGCCGGGACCUGAUCUCUUGAGCAUCGUUGCCCUCAUGGUGCUUGCAGCCUGGACUGGCCGUAUCCGGCUGUGGGGGUUCAUCGCAUCUCUGGCCGUGGAACUAAAACUCAAUGAAAGUGCUCUCCAGCUCGGCGAAAAGUCUGUCGAGAAGACUCAAGAUCUCAUCGAACGUGCGCGGCUUUGGUUCUCUCUCUGCUGUUUUGAUUUGAUAUUGAACGCGACGCGUCCCUUCUUCACGAACAGAAUGAACGAGUAUCUUGUCAACGUUAGGCAUCUACUGCACUCCCCCUUUACUCGUGCUGUUGAUUAUCGAAUUUGUGCAUAUGCGGAGGGCUUUACCAUCGUUGGAGAUGCGAAAGGGCAAAUACAGAUGUCCCAGCUUCUGGCCCAACCAAUCCCUCAGAAGAUCAUCGACAGUCUCGUGUCGCUGGACCAGAGAGCUGAUGCCUGGUUCCAUGAGAUCAAUAACGAUCUUGAUCCUCUUUACCAGACAUUUCAUGAGCAACAAGAUCGGAAUCGCUUCAUGGUUCCUUACACGUACAUUAAACUUUACGUAAACGGCCUUGCCUUGAAUGGUCUCAUGUUGAGCAGUGGGCAUGCAGAUCCCAUCCGUCUUGGCUUCGUUCAAAAGGCAGUCGAUAACGCUUGCCUGCUGAUCCAAGUGCAAUUUGAAUCCGAUUCAUUUCGGCAGGCAUUGAGGUAUUCCAUGGAUUACAACGGAAACACGACGUAUUAUGCAAGCGGCUUCAUCUCAAAGGCGAUGAAUUUGGUUCAUCCUGAACUUGACUGUGAUAAAUGCCUGCUCGCACUGCAACGAGCUGCACACAUGUUCGAACAGGCAAGCGCCACCGAGACCGCAGUAGAGAUACGGAAGGAGAUAGAGAGACUGGCGUCCUUGACGAGUACGGUUUUACCUUCUCCGGAGGCUUUGGAUCAGGAAAUCAGCGACGCACAGCUUGAGUGCUUGUUUGACAUUCCAAGCUUCCUAGGUGCAAUGAUGUCUCAAGUGCCUGGACGCACUGUAGUCGAGGAGGGUUCGAGGGCAGCCAUAUUAGCUCUCGCUGAAAGGGACUGGCCCAGGACUGAUCACGACUUUAAGUCCAUGAAUACAUAG